GCGGCAGCGGGAGGGCGGGGGCCGGGCAGAGCCGCCGCGGCCUCGGCAGCAGCUGCAGCCGGAGCGGCGCGGGGGGCCAGGCCCCCGCCAUGGAGAUCGAGAAGGAGUUCCAGCGGCUGGACCAGGCCGCCAGCUGGCCCGCCAUCUACCAGGACAUCAGGCACGAAGCCAGUGAUUUUCCAUGUAAAGUGGCCAAACAUCCCAGAAACAAAAAUAGAAAUAGGUACAGAGAUGUCAGCCCCUUUGAUCACAGUCGAAUUAAGCUAAACCAAGGUGACAACGACUAUAUCAAUGCUAGUUUGAUAAAAAUGGAGGAGGCCCAAAGGAGCUACAUCCUUACCCAGGGACCUUUGCCAAAUACUUGUGGUCACUUUUGGGAGAUGGUUUGGGAACAGAAAAGCCGUGGUGUUGUCAUGUUGAACAGAGUGAUGGAGAAGGGAUCCGUAAAGUGUGCACAGUACUGGCCACGGAAGGAAGAGAAAGAAAUGUUUUUUGAAGAUACAAACUUGAAACUAACCUUGAUAUCUGAAGAUAUCAAAUCCUACUACACAGUACGACAGCUGGAAUUGGAAAACCUGACCAGCCAGGAAACUCGAGAGAUUCUGCACUUUCACUACACCACCUGGCCCGACUUUGGGGUGCCGGAGUCGCCGGCGUCGUUCCUGAAUUUCCUGUUCAAGGUGCGGGAGUCGGGCUCGCUGAGCCCCGGGCACGGCCCCGUCGUGGUGCACUGCAGCGCGGGCAUCGGCCGCUCGGGCACCUUCUGCCUGGUGGACACCUGUCUGCUGCUGAUGGACAAACGGAAAGAUCCUUCUUCCGUGGACGUCAAGCAGGUUCUGCUGGAGAUGAGGAAGUUCAGGAUGGGGCUCAUCCAGACUGCAGACCAGCUCCGCUUCUCCUACCUAGCUGUUAUUGAAGGGGCAAAAUUCAUCAUGGGAGAUGCUUCAGUGCAAGAGCAGUGGAAAGAGCUCUCCAAUGAAGACCUGGAGCCCCCCCCUGAGCACACCCCCCCGCCUCCCAGGCCCCCAAAGAGAACCUCAGAGAUGCACAACGGGAGGAUGCACGAGCACCCAGAGCUCCUGGGCAAGCCCCAGGCAGUGGAGGAGGAGAUCAGGAGCUCGCUCAGCAGCGUGGAGGAGGCAGCUCCAGACAGCAGGACCUGCUCAGCUGUGGCCCCCAGCACAGACAGCGCUAGUCACGACACUGAAGCCCGCAGGAGACCUGUUGGGGACACCCCGCGGCUCUCGCCCCGCAAGGAGGAGUCCGUGAAGGAGAACUCGGAGGAGGAGGAUGAGAACGUGGUGGCCACCUGGAAGCCCUUCCUAGUGAAUAUCUGCAUGUUCACUUUCCUCACGGCAGGAGCUUACCUCUGCUACAGGGUGUGUUUCCACUGAGCAGCGGCCGGAGCCGCCGCAGGAGCGCCGCUCCCGGCUCGCGCUCGGCUCCGCGGAGCCCCUCCAGGCAGGGCAGCCUCGGCUCAGAGCAGCUAGAUUUAGGGGAAAGGCCAGAACUUUGGGUAGGGCUUCAUGAGAGAUUGAUGCACUAGGGUUUGAUCCAGCCCUGUGGUCCCAAGAACAUAAUAUUGUAAUCUCAGGGCCUUGAAAUAUUCAGGAGUAAGCAGAGAAAAUGCCAAAUAGUCUGUUUUCCUUUUUGUUUUCUUUUUUUUUUUAAACUAAAUAAUAGAAUUACAACACAUUGUUGUUUUUAGCCUUUUUUAAAAAGCCAGUUCAUUUUCUUUUGUUUCAGAAAAACUAGGCACAAGUGAAACUUGCUUGUACUCUCCAAGUGUUGUAACCAAAUACAUGACUUACAUUGACAAGUUCCCAAAAAAAGCAAAAGAAACCCA